GCAGUAAUCAUGGCGUCCACGGCUGCGACCCGUACUGCAGCUGGUGCCGCAAAAGUUGUUAAACCCAUUUUUAGCCGAGACUUGGACGAAGCUAAACGUAGAGUCCGGGAGUUGUACCGAGCAUGGUAUCGAGAGGUGCCCAAUACAGUGGCCACAUUUCAGCUGGACAUCACAACGCGUCAGGGAAGAGACAAGGUGCGGGAGAUGUUCGACAAAAACAAGCAUGUUACGGAUCCCCGUGUCAUCGACAUGUUGGUUAUUAAGGGGAAAAUGGAACUUCAGGAAACAAUCCACGUCUGGAAACAGAAGACUCAUGUAAUGCGCUACUUCUAUGAGUCUGAGGAGCCUCGACCCACUGACUUCGUGUCCAAAUUCUACAAGGGUCAUGACCCAUGA